AUGAGUGAAGUCGUCAAAAUGACAACCGGCGAAACUUUGUACGCCUGCAACAAAAUCGACUACUUCUCCAAGGAGGAAUACAGUCCCGAUCCUAACGAUUCCACCAUGGCUAUACCUUACACGGUAACGAGGUCUGUGAUCUUUUUCUUGGCGGCGAGUCUGCUGCUGUGCAGCGGUUAUUGCUGCUGCAUAUUGGGACAAUGCGUCCGCCACCGCUCCCUCUACACAUUCAUAUCCGGAGUUAUUUUCAUAGUGACGGGCCUAGUAAUGCUUUUCGGCCUCAUCAUGUACAUCUCCAUCUUCAAGGCAGAAAUCGGCAGUAAACUGCGCCCCCGUUCACAACUGCAACCUCCAGCCUUCUACUAUUGGUACGGUUACUCCUUUCUCCUGUAUGUCAGCGGUUUAGUGACCACACAACUCGCCGGCAUCAGCUCAAUUUUCCUCUUCAUCUACAAAGUCCAAUACGAAUGGCAACGCAAACACCUCGAAGACAUAAAACGCGGCAAAAGCCGACACACCACCUUCAGUCAUUACGACACUUCUAUGUUCUAUCCGUGUCGUCGGCAUCCUCAAGCCUACAUCAACUCCAACAGCGCAAUCCACUUUCCGGCCAGUUAUCCCACGCCGUUUGCUCAUCAAAAGCGGUAUUUUUUCAGUAAAGAGCCGUUACAGGAGUCGCCUUGCAGUGUGCAUAGGCCGAGGUCGCAUUCGAAUUCGCUCAAGGAUGUCUCGAAUUUUUACGAUUUCCCACCGCCGCCAACGAUAAGUUAUCAGUUUGAUGAACACUUUGGCAGCCCUGUGGGAAGAGAGCCCCCCAUCGCAGGCCGGCACUUCCCCCGAGAUAUCACCACAAACACAGUGUCAACAACAGCCGACGUCAACUGCGACGAGUUCAUCGGCGAACCAUAUGAAGACUACUCACCGAGUAUCCAACACGAGUUUGUCACGUUCGAUUUGGACCAGCCGUUGCCUCUGAGGGCACAAAGUAGUGUCUCAAUCGGAUCGCGAAACGGCACCGCCAGAAAAACUUUUGACAGUGAUACUCUUCGAAGGACUACGCCAGUUUGAAAGUGGCGAUAUGCGUUUUUGUACACUUUUUGGGAUAAAAGAAUGCUCAUUUCGUGGACGUUCGUGUGAUAUUUUACGAUCUAGUCGAAAUAAAUUUUUACUCAAACGUUCUAAACAUUAAAUCAAAUACAUUGAAGCAUCAUCAAAAAUUACGUGACGACGGAGGAAAAUAUUUUAUAAAAAGUUAAUGCUAUUGGUUCGGUUAAUUUAUACGCAGAGUGAAGCGUUAACAGGAAAAUGGUUAGCCAAAAAAUAUAUAUUUUUUUUAUUUUUACCAAAAAAAGUUAUUUUUCAAGUCUAUCAUGCACUGGAAUUCCACGUGAUGACAAUAAGUGCUGUAAAUUGUUUUAAAAUAAUCUAAACUAUACACUGUUACAACAUUUAGAAGUCAGUUUUAAAUAAUCUGUUUUAGAGCUAAUCAAUUUUGAAAUCAGUAUUCUUUUUUUUAUGUUUUAUUUAUGUCCAGAUUUCAAAAAUUAAUAUAAGCUGACAAUUUUAGAAUUUAUUUCACUGUUAUAGUAUAUUUUGUGCUAUAGCUAACUUUCUAAUUUUAAUUAGGGACCCAAUUUUUUCAUAAUUUGGAAGGUAUUAGUUUACUUGAUACAGAUAUGUGCAAUACUUUUACUGAAAACUAUUGUUUAAAAAAAUGAUCAAAGUUAUCAAUCAAAAUAUAGGAUCCAAUUUAAAAUUAGAAAGUUGAAUAACGUUCAAAAUAUACUGACAUUUUGAAAAAUUUUGUUUUUUUUGUCAGCUUAUUUCGAAAUUUGGAAAAAAAUCGUUCUGUAUAAGAAAUUUAAAAGGUUACAGUUUUUGCUAAGUCUAAUUUUUUUUUUAAAUAUCAAGAGCAUUAUAAUCAUAGGACCACAAAAAAGUAUUCGAAAUUUCAUACUGUGAGGUGCAGUAUUUCGGACAUCUACCAUUUUGACAGCAAAGUUAUAUUAUUUUCAACAUAAGACAUUUUUAUUUGAAAAAAUUAUGAGUAUUUUGUGUCUCAACCACCCAAUUUUUAAUUCUAAAUUUUAUUUUUGGUCUUAAUCCAAAAUUGGUAAUUGGCGCAUCCACCAUUAUUGCGCCCUGUUAAUUUUGUUUUGUUGUUCAUAUAAUUUGAUGAUUUUUUAGUUUAUUCAACUAAUUCAAAUUAAACACAUAUACUGUUGAAAAGAGUGGUCAUGUAGGUCCACAUAAAUUUGGGGAACACAAAUAUGUACUUAUCUUUCGACAUUUCUUUUAACCAUUGAAAAAGUACAAACAUUACAUUUUAUUAAUUUUCGAGGAUAAAUUUUAGGUGUUUGUUUUUUUUUAUUGGUUGGUUGGUAGAUGACAUUUUUUUUUCUGAAAACGCUUCAUUCUGUAAAAAAAUGUUAAUAAAAAAUAGCGAAUCAAAGAGGCAAUGCGUGGUCUAAUUGAUAGACUAACUCAUAGAUAAUUUUUUAUUCAAUAUUCCGCCUUUUUGGUGCUUAAAUUGAUUACACCACGCACUUAAUAAAAUAAACGUAUUAAAACAAUUUUAUAAAAAAUAAUUAAUAGAUUUAAGAAUUAAAUAACAAAAACUUAAUGGUGACAUAUCCUGUACUAACUGUAAAUUUUUUAUUAAUGUUGAAAUAGCGUUAUUACUUUGUUAAGUACCGAUAAAGAAGUCAACUGAAUUUUUCCUCACAAUCUGUUCAAAUCUAAAAAAACAUGUUAUUAUAAUGUGCCAUAAUUGUUGAUCUUGUAUAUUUAAAAAAAU